AAACAUUUAAAAACACUAGAUUCAAAGAUGGAUCGUGUUUUUUCUUGAUAAUUACAUUUUGAUAUUUUUUUGUUAUAUUUCUUUCUUUUUAUGUUGAUUAUUAUUUAACAAGAAUGCCAAAAAGGCUGUUCAAUCAUGAGUCAACCGGUUCGUGAUAGAAGAAAGCUCGUUGAUCGAUCUCAGCGAGUCAAAGUUUAUGAAAAACAAUCAGUGCUUGAACAGUUGAUGUUGAAAAAAUUUUCAUCUGUAAAAUGCUCAAAUGCUGAUGUUUCCAUCUUCUCUACUCAAACGAAAGAACUUGAGAAUCGAUUUGAAAGUGACCUGCUAACUCGAGCUUCUAAAAUCAUUGCAAGUAAACCCAACUUUGUUUUACCACCAAGAAAAACAAAGCUUCACAAACCUCAUCAUGUUUGCUCGGAAUCUCCACUUUCAUCUUCAUCCUGUUCAUCAUCAUCAUGCAGCUCCGAUGAGGAUGAAGAAAAUACAGCCUUUGAAGAGCUUGAGAGGAAAAAGUUGCACCCAUGGAGAUUGCAUGAAGAGCUUUGGUUUAACGAUCCCGGUGAAAUGAAUGAUGGUCCUCUUUGUAGGUGCAGUGCAAAAGCUAAAAGAUCCGGUAUAAGGCAUGGCAUUUAUCCAGAAGAAAAAAUUUUUCAUUGUCAACUCGACUCAAACAACGCUGAUCAUCUAUAUCAUUACCGGUUGAAUAUUAGUCCACUUACAAAUUAUAUAUCAAAAUUUCCUACUACGAUAGAGCACGAAAAUAAUGAGUACUUAUUUGAAGGUUUCUCAAUUUUAUCUCAUUCUCCGAUUCUCAACUAUCCACCCUGCAAAUUGAUUCGAUUUAAUAUUGAGUACACCAUAACUUUAGUCGAGGAAGAAUUUCCGUCUAAUUUUUCCGUUCGAGGUGUUGAAAUGAUUACAGAAUAUAUAUUUAAAGAGAUUUUAGAAUUGGUUGAUCUAAAUUGGCAUUCAUCUAACGGUACCUCUGAUUCCAAAGGAUGUCCACAAUUUCAUCUGUUUCCACGAUUCUCAAGACACGUUGAUGAUGAUGGUAAAGAACUAUUAUCUCUCAACGCAGUAAUGAACUACCUAUUAGCGCAAAGUGGAGAAUUGAUUAAAGAAUCUGACUUGAAAAAAAUUCAAUCAAUGAAUGACUCUGAGUGGCUCGACUUUGUAGAUACAGUCAGGGGUAUGAUCGUAACAUUUCCAGGAAUGAAACCAUGCUCUUUGCGAGUAGACCAAAUUGAUAAAAACAAUGCUGUUACAAAUGGUGAUAGUUGCUCUAGUGAGACGAAAGCUGAAGAUGAUGGAUUUCCUGUUAUAGUUCAUUUUGGGAUAAGGCCACCUCAGCUCAGUUAUGCCGGAAACCCAAAGUAUCAGAAAGCUUGGAGAGAUUAUGUUAAAUUUCGACACUUACUCGCAAACAAACCCAAAGUUAGUUACUGUGAUAGGCAAACACUGCUACAAAAAGAAGAAAAACUUCAGGACAUGAGAACCAAAAAUGAUCUUAAGCGUGAUGUUACAGUUGUAAUUAGUAGCAAAGGUUUUCACAAAACUGGAAUUUUUUGUGAUGUUAUUCAACAUGCUCUUUUAAUUCCUGUCGUCAUUUGUCAUUUACGAUUCCACCAAUCACUCGCCCAUUUAGAAGAAAUUUUAGGUUAUCCAUUCAAGGAUCGUUACCUUUUACAAUUAGCCUUAACUCAUCCUUCUUAUCGUGAAAAUUUUGGUACCAAUCCUGAUCAUGCUAGAAAUGCCUUGACUAAUUGUGGAAUCCGCCAACCUCAUUAUGGAGAUCGUCGAGUUCACUUCAUGAAUACCCGUAAACGAGGAAUAAAUAUGUUAAUAAAUAUUAUGUCUCGGUUUGGUUGUCCAGAAGAGACAGCUUCCAAUAUUAACCACAAUGAGCGACUCGAGUUUUUAGGUGAUGCAGUGGUCGAGUUUCUCUCAUCAAUACAUUUAUAUUUCAUAUUCCCUGACCUAGAAGAGGGUGGUCUAGCGACUUACAGAGCGGCAAUCGUACAAAAUCAACAUUUAGCUGUGCUUGCCAAAAAACUUCAACUUGAAAAAUACAUGCUUUAUGCUCAUGGAUCAGAUUUAUGUCAUGAUAUUGAGCUUCGUCAUGCUAUGGCAAACUGUUUUGAAGCUUUAAUGGGUGCUCUUUUCCUUGAUGGAGGAAUCAAAGAGGCAGAUCAAGUUUUUUCGAAUACCUUAUUCAAAGAUGAACCGGAUCUCUAUGAAGUUUGGAUUAGUUACCCUCCCCAUCCUUUGCAACAGCAAGCUUCUGGUGGUGAUAGAAUGUAUUUGAAAGCAGUUCCUCGAUUACAAGAACUACGAGAAUUUGAGGAAAUGAUUGGCAUCGAAUUCACACACAUUCGCCUUCUGGCUCGUGCCUUUACUCAUCGGUCUGUAGGGUUCAACAAUUUAACUCUUGGCUCUAAUCAAAGAAUGGAAUUUCUUGGCGAUACAGUUUUACAAUUAGUUGCCUCUGAAUAUUUAUACAAGUAUUUUCCGGAACAUCAUGAAGGUCAUUUAUCAUUGCUUAGAAGCUCACUUGUUAACAAUAAAACUCAAGCAGUUGUCUGUGAUGAUCUGGGAAUGACUCGCUUUGCUGUUUUUAAUUAUGCCAAAGGAGAAUUGAAAACUAAAGAUCGAGCUGAUUUAUUAGAAGCUUUCUUAGGCGCUCUUUACGUUGAUAAGGGCCUCGAAUAUUGUAGACGAUUUUGUGAAGUUUGUUUCUUCCCACGACUAGAAGAUUUUAUCAUGAACCAAGACUGGAAUGAUCCUAAAUCAAAAUUACAACAAUGCUGCUUGACUUUAAGGUCAAUCGAUGGCGGUGAACCUGAUAUUCCUAUCUAUAAAGUAAUUGAAAGCUUAGGUCCAACUAAUACCAGAGUUUACAAGGUUGCCGUAUAUUUUAGAGACAAAAGAUUAGCCACUGGAAAAGGACAUAGCAUUCAAGAAGCUGAAAUGGACGCAGCUUCAAAUGCUCUAGACAAUGCUAAAGGUUUAUUCCCUCAGCUUAAUCAUCAACGUCGUGUGAUGGAACGAAGUUUCAAGACAUGAAAUCCCAAAUGACAAAGACACAUUUCGAUCAUGUUCAUCUAUCUCUACCAGUCAAUGCCAUAAUGAUACUUUUUUUCACUCAAAUGAAGUUUUUUCAUUGAUUUUUUUAAUAAUUUUGUUGAUAAUCGACUUGUUUUAUGCUUUUUUCAACUUAGAUCUGAUUUCAAUUGAGCUCAGAUUAUUUAAUAAAAGACAAUUCUGUUCAACUCAUGACAUUUUAA